CCCGCCCUUACACUUGCAGUUUUUGUAAAAAAAAAAAAUCGAAAUUGGAUUUGUUUCCACUGCUGGGCCAAAUUGUGAACCCUGCUCUACAUUUCUACACUAGAAAACGACCCUCACAAUUCCUUGAAAGUCACUCAUCCAUCCAUUUACAAUUGUAAAACCAUACAUACAACAGCAACAACAACAUGUCGGAGAAUACUUUAAGCAACAACAGCAACAGCGCCUCCUCAAAUACCACCAGUGGCAGUAGCACGAGCGCGAGUACGAGCACCAGCAACGGCGGCACCACCACCACCACAACCAUGAUGAACGGUCACAUCGGCACACAUUUCACUUCAAAAAAUAAUUUCGAAAGUUAUGGCCGUUCCACCGAUACAUAUUUGUCGAUUCCACAAUUCUAUGCUGGCCGCAGUGUUUUCAUAACCGGUGGCACCGGUUUUAUGGGCAAGGUUUUGGUUGAGAAACUAUUACGUUCUUGUCCAGACAUAAAAAACAUAUAUCUACUGAUACGACCUAAGCGAGGACAUGAGGUAUCACAGCGUCUUAAUGAAUUACUCGAAGCACCACUUUUUGAAAAAUUAAGAAGAGAAAAACCAAAGGAUUUGAGUAAAGUUAUUCCUAUAUCAGGCGAUAUUACAUCCGAAGAAUUGGGUAUUUCCGAUAGUGAUCAGGCUUUAUUGUGUCGCAAUGUCUCGAUUGUAUUCCAUUCAGCUGCCACUGUUAAAUUCGAUGAAAAGCUCAAAUUAUCAGUUACAAUCAAUAUGUUAGGGACAAAACGUUUGGUGGAGCUAUGCCAUCGUAUGAUGUCCUUAGAUGCACUAAUCCAUGUUUCCACUGCCUAUUGCAAUUGCGAUAGAACCGAAGUAUCUGAAGUAAUAUAUGCACCACCCUACAAUCCCGAUGAUAUUAUUUCCUUAGUAAAUUGGCUUCCGGAAGAUACACUCGAUAAGCUUACCCCCUCAUUGAUUGGUGAACGUCCAAAUACUUAUACAUUUACAAAAGCCUUAGCUGAACAUAUGCUACUCAAAGAGGCCGGUAAUCUUCCAGUUGCCAUUGUGAGGCCAUCUAUAGUGACUGCCAGCUUAAACGAACCCUUUGCCGGUUGGAUUGAUAAUCUAAAUGGUCCCACUGGACUGCUAUCAGCCAUGGCCAAGGGUAUAUUCCGCACCAUUGUCUGUGAGGAGAAUUGUAUUGCCGAUGUGGUACCUGUUGAUAUUGUGAUUAAUCUAAUGAUAACGGCCGCCUGGCGCACAGCAUCACAUAAAACUGAUAAUUUAUUAAUUUACAAUUGUUGUACCGGCCAAAGACAUCCCAUUACGUGGGGCACAUUUGUUAACUAUGCCGUUGAUCUUGCGCGCAAACAUCCAUUGGAGGGUUGUGCUUGGUAUCCAGGUGGUUCGCUGCGCAGCAAUGCUACCAUGAAUUCUGUUAAUGCUUUUAUUGUACAUUAUAUACCAGCCUAUAUAUUGGAUGUAAUGGCACGGUGUAUUGGCAAAAAGCCCAUUUUUGUUAAAAUCCAGAAUAAAAUCGCCAAAGCUGUUGAAUGUUUGAAUUACUUUGCCACACACGAAUGGCAAUUCAAAGAUGACAAUGUUUGCGCUUUACUUCAGACCCUGAGUCCAAACGAUCGCGAUAAUUUCGUAUUCGAUGUGACCACAAUUAAUUGGGAAAAAUAUAUGGAACGAUAUGUGCUUGGCUUUAGAGAGUUUCUGUUCAAACAAAAGCCACAAUCAUUACCGGGAAGUCGAAAAAAGAUGAUGAGAUUGUAUUAUAUCGAUAUAUUAACAAAACUGUUUAUGGUCAUUUGUACUUGGCGUUUCCUGAUGUCACGUUCAAAACGUUUGAAUGCCUUGUGGUCAUCAUUUUUACAAAAUAUUUUAAAAUUAGUGCGUUUAAUGCCAUUUUUGUAAUAUAACUUCUAAACUACCGCAAACAAACCAACCAACUACUCAAUUAUUACUUUUUGGGGAAUGAGCUAGAAAAAAAAUACACAAAAAUCACAAACAAAACAAAAGAUAAGAGAACAAACACAUAACUCUACAUUUACAAGGACAAAAACAAACACAGACACAAACAGAAACAGAAACACCCAUACAUAUUUAAGCAUCUAGAGUGUAAUUAAGUUAAAAUUUUUGUUUUAUUAUUUUUUUUUAGUUAUGUACCAUUUAGUUUUUGUUUUUAUUUUAUGCAUUUUUUUUUUUGUUUAUUAUGUCAUUUAUUUGGCUAAUUUUUAAAUUUAGUUGUUUUUAUAUGGAAAGUGCGAAUGAUUUAUGUAUUUAUAUAAAUAUAAAUAUACCUAUAUAUAUAUAAAAUAAAAUAAAAACUAUUAUUAUAAUUAUUGCAUACUUUUUGUCAUAAUUAAAUUAAUUCUUUAUUCUUGUUUUAUUAUACAUGCAUACAUAUACAUAUAACUACACUUUAUUAUAUUAUAUGAAAAAUAAUAAUUAAGGCUUUUUAUUAGAUGAUGAUGAUGAUGACGAUGAUAACGAUAAUGAAAAUGUGGUGAAUGAUUCAAUGAUUUCAGCAAAAUAAU